AUGGCGGGCGUGACGAAUGAGCGCUACUGCACAGUAUUGCUACAGCAGGUGACUAAUGAAAAGGCGAUUCCUCCUUCACAAGAUGAGAUUCUGAAGGGUCUUGAGUCGCCGAAAGUGGAGCUCAAAAUUCAGGCCGUAAAGAGCGCCAUCCUCGCGCUCCUACAGGGAGAGAAACUGCCAAAGGUGCUUAUGCACAUCAUUCGCUUUUGCUCCACGCAGAGUGAUCACACGUUAAAGAAACUACUUAUGGUUUUCUGGGAGAUCGCACCAAAGUAUGAGCAGUCAGGUACGGGUGAUAAGAUCGCACCCAAGCUCCUUCCAGAGAUGAUAUUGGUGUGUAAUGCCCUACUGAAUGAUUUAAAUCAUCCAAACGAGUACAUUCGUGGCUGCAUGCUGCGCUUUCUUUGCAGAAUCAAAGAGAAAGAAAUUUUAGAGCCGCUGAAAGAUGCUGUCAAGAGCAAUUUAGAGCACCGUCACUCAUACGUGCGCAAGAAUGCUGUCAUGACAGUCUACACCAUGUACAAAACCUAUGGAGAUAUGCUGAUUCCCGAUGCUCCAGAACUUAUUGAACGGUUUAUCCUUUGCGAGACCGAUGCUGGAGCCAGACGCAAUGCUUUUCUUAUGCUUAACGAAUGUGCCCAAGACAGAGCCAUGACAUUUCUUAUGAACGCUAUGGAUCAGGUCCCGAAGUUUGGAGAUGGAUUCUCGCUCGUGAUCCUUGAGAUGACGCGUAAAGUUUGUCGCCAGGACCCUGCCCAGAAAGCACGUUUCGUUCGCUGUGUCUUUCAGCUACUCAACUCAUCAUCCCCAGCUGUUAGCUAUGAGGCGGCUUGGACUCUUGUCACAUUGUCGGCUGCUCCCACAGCAGUGCGUGCGGCUGCAAAAACGUACAGUGGACUGCUUAAUUCACAGAGCGAUAAUAAUGUGAAGCUUAUUGUGCUGGAUCGACUUGCGGAUUUGAAGAAAUACCAUACAAAAGUAUUGCAGGAAAUUCUUAUGGAUAUUAUGCGCGCGCUCAGCUCGCCAAAUCUAGAUAUUUGCAGAAAAGUACUGGAUAUUGCUAUGGAUCUUGUUUCAGUACGUAACAUCGAUGAAGUUGUGACUCAUUUGAAGCGGGAGGUAGUUAAGACUCAAGACAAGACGCGCGAAAAAGCUGGUGAGUACCGCCACUUACUCAUUAAAGCUAUUCAUGCUUGCGCUGUCAAGUUUCCAGAAGUUGCCAAUGCUGUGGUGCAUUUGUUAAUGGAGUUUCUCAACCAGCCUGAUGGUGCUAUGGAUGUUAUUCUUUUCGUACGCGCAAUGUGCGAGAGCUACCCAGAUCUACGCGAGAGUAUCCUACAAAAACUGAUGAUUUCAUUCUCUGAGAUUUCACGGGCUAAAGUUUACCGUGUCGCCCUCUGGAUUCUUAGUGAAUAUGCAACCCUACCACCCGAAGAUGGUACGGAAAGUGACACCUCUAUAUUUGAGGCGGCAAAUACAAUAUUCACUGUUAUCGGUAGUCUUCCCUUGGCAACGGAAGCCAUGCUCAAGACGCCAACUGAAGAUACUGAAGGUCCUGAAAUCGCAGCUGGUACCGGUGCAGCGUACUCGAAGCCCGUUACUAAGAGUAUCGUGCUGGCAGAUGGCACGUAUGCCACAGAGACCUCAUAUUCUGGCCCAGCUGCAAAAUCUGCGAUAGCUGAAGAUGAGAAUGUGCCAGGUCUUCGACGAUUGUUGCUGAACGGAGACUUCUUCCUUGGCGCGGCAGUGGCUUCGACUUUAACUAAAUUGUGCCUUCGUUUAUCGAACGGCGAUCUUGCAAGCGCUACAGCCCGCGACGUUGCGAUCAAAAAGUUAGUGGUGACUUCUACUCGCUAUAUGUGCGCAAUUGUGGCUUUUGGACAGGCAAAGACAAGCAAGCACGAGAUAGAUCAAGAUUCUGCACGACGUAUUCUUAUGUGUGUGCGUGUCCUGCUUGAUCCUGCAAGCGCCCAGGCCAUGCAUACUAUCAUCACCGAGGAGUGCCGUGAUGCUUAUCGCCGACUUCUCGACACGCAAAAGAUGCAAGAGUCUGAAGCUGCGCGUGCUGCUGGUGGUGAUAGUGAGCCACUCACACAGGUGGACGAGCUAAUUAAUUUUCGGCAGCUCCGCGGCAAGAAGGCUUUGGGCUCGACUGACAUUGAUAUUGAUGAUGGUGCGGACAUUAAUCGAGCCCUUGGUCAACAAGGUGACGACUCUAAUGAGUAUGCUGGAGCUAUGCGGCACGUGCACCAGCUAACAGGUUUUGCAGAUCCCGUGUACGCCGAAGCGUACGUCACGGUGCAUGACUACGACAUCUUGCUGGAAAUUUUAGUGGUUAAUCGCAUUCCCCAAACGCUAACAAACCUUACAGUGGACCUGUCCACGAUUGGUGACCUUAAGCUUGUAGAGCGCCCUCAGCCGCAAACCAUAGGACCGCUUGACCAGCGCACGAUUCGUGCCAACAUCAAAGUAAGCUCUACGGAAACCGGCCACAUUUUUGGCAACAUUGUGUACGACUCGGCUUCAGGAGCUGAGAAGACAUACGUAAAUUUAAAUGACAUCCACAUGGACAUAAUGGACUACAUCAAGCCAGCCACGUGCACGGAUUCUGCCUUCCGUUCAAUGUGGGCUGAAUUUGAAUGGGAGAAUAAAGUGGCGGUGAACACAGACCUAUCGAAUGUGUUUGAGUUCCUUCAGCACGUGGUCGACAAGACAAAUAUGCGCUGCAUGACCCCGACAGCAUCCCUAGGUGGAGAUACGAAUUUCUUAGCAGCCAAUCUGUAUGCUAAGAGUGUAUUUGGCGAAGAUGCUCUCGUUAAUCUCAGCGUAGAAAAGCAGGAUAAUGGUCGCAUUGCUGGGUAUAUCCGCAUUCGCAGCAAGACUCAAGGAAUUGCACUCAGUUUGGGCGAUCGCAUCACAGCUGUCCAGCGCGGCAAAGAUGACCAGAGCAAGCGGAAAAAGUUACUCGUCUAG